CGGGUCUUCUGAUUGUCCUUAUAUAAUUGCAUGGUCACGUCGGGGCCUGCAACGAUCCCCGAGAGCCAGACUUGCAUUCAGUCCAACUCGUUUGAAAAGCCUUCCAGUCAUCUCUGCCUUAUCCGCAGGCGUAUAGUCCAGCAAGUCGGCUCUUUUCUCUAUUGUAUCCAUCCACUACAACUAGCCUGAAACAGCAUGGCUAACCGCAGCCAAAACUUCUUUGAAAGAAUUCGCGCCAACUAUAUCAGAGGACUGGACGGUCGCUUACUGAGCUGCACCGGACAAGCCGCGCAGAAGCUCACCAACUGUUGGCCUGGAGUACUGGCACACUUGCCUACAAGAUCUUUGAGCUCGCGGAAAUUGGUAUCAUGCUAUAUACAAUCGAGCACUAUCCAGGAUUAUAGUACACCAUUUGAAGAGGACCUAGUUUUGCACGAAAUCUUACAUGUCUCGGGCGCCUGCAUUGUUGGACUGAUAGCUGCCACCAGCCCGGGUGCUUCCUCGAUCAACGACACUAUUCACGCUGGAAUCACCCUUGACUCAGCAAAGAAUGAUCUGAUUCACAGCUCGGCCCCUGGUGUGGCAGAUGACAACUUUGAGGCAGCCCAAAAGAUUACCGAUGCCUUUGACACUGCGCUACGGUACAACUCGACCAGUGACAAGUGGCUGUCCGUAGGUCGUGCGAACUUUCUACAGCGAGUGGCUUUCUACACCUCUUGGGAUACACCUGUCGAAUUGUGCGUUCCUGCAUUCCCAUGCAAAUCUUCAAACCUCGACAAAGUUGGUGGUGUCCUUCCUGACCGUGGCGAGUACAUCGCGCUUGACAAUCUGUACCGAUUCUUGGGCAAGGUCAAAGCCAUUUAUGCCCCCGGCGCUAUCAUGUGGAUCAUCAGUGAUGGCCACGUGUUCAGUGAUUGUAUCGGAGUCGAUGAUAGCACCGUAGAUCGCUACAGCGCCACAUUACAAACCAUGAACUCGAAUAUAGCUGGCGAUCAUCCUGACGUCGAACCAAUCCGGUUCCGAUCACUCCCGGACUUGCUUCACCUCAACGAUGCUACUAUGCGACAACAACUAAGGACAGGAAACUUUUCUUCGGUUGCUCACUUCCUCGAUACUAAGCUCCAUGAUGAAGCAGAGCUUUCGCGACAGAUUCUUAUUGAUGGGUUUGGACCUGAUCCAGCCGUUCUCCGCUUACAGAUCUCCGGACAAGACCCGUCUGUACUAGCCCUCUACCGGGGGUUCACCAAAUUCAUGCUGGAAGAUCUUGACCGUCUUUUAGCUUCAACCACAAGCAGAUCGCAACGGCGGAAACUCUCCUCGAAGGUUGCUUUCGAAAUGAUCAAUCGAAAUCAGGCGUAUUCUAACCUCGUCGAGGCAAUGUUACCACAUCACAUUCGACUUUCAAUUCAUGCGCAUGACAAUUCAGGCCCCAAAUUUGCGAUACAACUGCUCGGACCUGGCGUUCGGACGACAAACAAGCUCGACCCGUGCGGAGAACUCGUCACGUCCGUCGACUUGCUCCAUGUGCCCACGCCAUGGCAUGGCUGUAUUGUGGAGAUCAAAGACCACCCUUUACUCUACCUGACAAAAUCAAAGCUUGCGCUUCAAGCCAUAGAGGUGGAAACGCAUAGGGGGCAAUGGACUUCUGCCGGUCCGCAUUUUCAAGGAGCAUGCUACACGUUGGAAGAAGUGACGUCCUCGCACACUGGAUUUACGCAACCAGCUCGGGUCUCUAACAUUGGAGAAAUGGGUGCGACGCCUUCACCUAGCAAGCAACGUACACAUAAGUCGUUCCUUACAUCCAUCACAUUGUUGUUAUGGCGCUCACUACCAUUUCGAUCAAUGUUUAGCUACAUAUCCCGAUGGCGCGUGUGGGACAUCCGAAUGAUUCUCCACAUGCGGUAGCUAGUAUGACGUGAGGGUACACCGCAGCAUUAUGUAGGUUUUAGCAUCGUUCACGGCAUUUCUUUCAUC